AUGGGCCAACAGUGUCAUGCGGACCAAGCAGAACUGAGAAGGCCACAUGCUUUUAGGGAAGUUCUGGGAGAUUCCGAGACUUGCUUCCAUCUUUUCAGGAUCCCUUUCGAGGAGCCGGAGGAAGCGGCGCUGGCGCUUGCCGUUGUGCCAGAGCUCCCCGAAACCAGCUUUGAGCUGCCUUUAGACAUGGACCUGAUCAGCUUGGACUAUGUUCGCAGGUUAAUUUCCUCUAAGCUAGAACAGGUUGGAGAGGUAGAGUUCAGCCACCUGGUGCCCCUGACCAUUUCCCGGCUUGUGGUCAGCCGUUUCUUCUACCUGUGCCUUGUUCUCGCUGCAACGCAACAAGUGCGCCUGGAGCAAGCAGAACCGUACGGACGGAUCUAUAUCCGCCCAGGGCCUCGCCUCCAUCGCCGCUAGCAGGGCCCACCUCACGUCUUUACAGGUGUCAUCUGGGAGUUCUGCCGGCCGUGGAACUGAGAAGACGGGGAAAAGGUCCUGCCCAACCAACAAAAGGCAGUUCUGUUCCAAAUGGUAUGGGUUUUAAGAGAGAAACAUUGGUUGACCCCAGUUUUUAAGAAGUGCUAAUUUUCAUGAAAUUGAUUGAAUAAAGGAGUUUUGUUUUAAA